AUGAGUGGUAAGAAGAAGUUAGUUUACAAACAAGAUCCUGAUGGAGUUUUCCGGUUAAAGAGAUUGAAUGACAGUGAUAAGUUGAGUACUAAGUCCGAUAAACGGACAGUUGAUGAUUACUUGAAUGAUUUGAUUAGUUGUGCUUAUGAAGUAGUCGAUCCUGGAGCAAAAAAUAAAGAACAGAAAGAGGUAGCUUCACCACCAACCAAAUUUCCAGAUUUGACAGUUCAAACCGACAUCAUCAAUGAAAUGCAUGAAUCCCCAAACAUCAGUCCCACCGAUCAUCUUAAUGUAAAUACACCCAAAUUCUCCAAAGGGUUCAGUCCAGGAUUGAAUAUUUUAACUCCAGAACCUGAAUCUCCUGUUGCUACAGUUACUACCCCGUUCACUAUGCCAUUAAUGACUCAAAUUAAUACUAACUUGAAUAUGUUCCACAUACCUAGUUUCUUAAUAGGGGUGAUUUUAGCAUUGGUCAUUAGUAGGUUAUCUCCCCAAUUGUUAUAUUAUGGACAAAUAUUCUUCAAUUAUGCGAAGAUUGGUGUUAUUUGGGGGAUCAUCCUUGGUACCAUUGGUUGGUAUGGAGGGUUAAUUAAAGUAGAGAAAUUCUCCUUUAAAGAUAUAAUGAGUCGUUUUAAAGCUAAACCCCUUGAGAUUCCUCCUAUACCUCCACAGGAACCUGACAUUCCUUUAAUGGCUCAAGCUUAUGAUGAACCAAUGGAAAGAUCUCCAUCGGUAGAAUACCAACAACGUCAACCUUUACCUCGUAGACAUACAGAUAAACCUAGAUCCAAAUCUAUCACUAAACCAGUAUCACCUCAAAGAAAUCGUAGUACUCAAGUAUUACCAUACAAACCUCAACCAAGGAGUCAAAGUCUUGGUUUUGAUGAUAAACCUAAAUUGAAUAAACAUCAUACAACUGAACCAAAAUCCAAUUAUUCCAAAUUUGUAGAAAGAUCCAGAAAACAUAAACCCACCAACAGUUUUGAUUCAUUCGAUUCCAAUAACUUGAGAAAUCCUCAAGUUCCCACCCAUCAGUUCAAUCAUUACACCCACACUGAUGGUAGAUUGACUCCUCCUUUAGAUCAACCUUUACCUGAGAUCCCCAAUGAUUUACCUUUCAUCAAUGAAGUUAAGUUAGUUAAUGGAGAAGAAGACGAUGAAUUCACUGAAUUACCAGGAUUUGGGGUUAAAAGAUCUAAUACCACAAUGAGUAAAAAGAGUGUAUUGGGAACCAGAGCCAAUUACAAUAGAUUCAUUGAUGGAGUUCAAGAUUAUGAAUAG